CGCACAAUGCCACAUAGAAACUUACCAGAUCAGUGGAAGUAGACUUCUUCACCUUCAUGCCACCACAGGGGUGACAACACGAGCUAAAGAUCAAGAGUUCAGCGGUCAAACAUCAGCAGCAGCUCUGGUGAUCGGCUCUGCUCAACACCUUCAGUAAGGAGAUUUAUCACACGCAACCUGAAGAGAUGAGCAGCAAGAAGAUGGAGGAUGAGGCGGUGCUGGACCGGGGGGCGUCCUUACUCAAGCACAUGUGUGAUGAAGAGGAAGUAGAAGGUCACCACACCAUUUACAUCGGUGUGCAUGUGCCCAAGAGCUAUCGGCGUCGGAGGCGUCACCGUCGGAGAACCGGCCACAAGGACAGAAAGGAGAAGUUGACAGAGAAUGCCUCUGACAAGUCAGACACGGAAAACAACGAUGAGGCCAGCAACAGCAUCCUCAAACCUCUCAUCUCACCAGCAGCUGAGAGGAUUCGUUUCAUCCUUGGGGAGGACGAUGAUGGCCCAGCACCUCCACAGCUCUUCACUGAGUUGGAUGAGCUCCUAUCAGUGGAUGGACAGGAGAUGGAGUGGAAGGAAACGGCCAGGUGGAUCAAGUUUGAGGAGAAGGUGGAGAAAGGAGGUGAACGCUGGAGUAAACCUCACGUGGCCACACUGUCCUUACAUAGCCUGUUUGAAUUGCGCACAUGCAUAGAGAAAGGCACCAUCAUGCUGGACAUGGAAGCUUCCACUCUGCCUCAGGUUGUUGAGCUGAUCACCGACAACCAGAUAGAGAUCGGCCAGCUGAAAGCAGAGCUGAAGGACAAAGUGAUGUACACAUUGUUACGCAAACAUCGCCAUCAGACCAAGAAGUCAAACCUGCGCUCUCUGGCUGACAUUGGCAAGACAGUCUCCAGUGCAAGUAGGCUGUUUUCCAACCAGGAAAACGAUAGUCCCACCACAACUCACAAGAACCUGACCUCUAGUAGCCUGAAUGACAUUUCUGACAAACCGGAAAAAGACCAGCUGAGGAACAAGUUCAUGAAGAAAUUGCCCAGAGACGCAGAGGCCUCAAAUGUGCUGGUGGGGGAGGUGGACUUCCUGGACACGCCGUUUGUGGCAUUUGUUCGACUGCAGCAAGCUGUGAUGCUGGGAGCCUUAACGGAGGUUCCUGUUCCCACAAGGUUUUUAUUCAUCUUACUCGGACCCAAAGGCAAAGCAAAGUCAUAUCAUGAGAUCGGCAGAGCCAUCGCCACGCUGAUGUCAGAUGAGGUCUUCCACGACAUUGCGUAUAAAGCCAAGGACAGACAAGACCUGCUAGCCGGUAUUGAUGAGUUCCUGGAUGAAGUGAUUGUGCUUCCUCCCGGAGAAUGGGAUCCGGCCAUCAGGAUAGAGCCUCCAAAAUCCCUCCCCUCCUCUGACAAGAGGAAAAAUAUGUAUGCAGGAGGGGACUCUCAGAUGAAUGGAGACAUGCCUCAUGAAGGAGGUCAUGGAGGAGGGGGACACGCUAUAGGAGAAGAGCUGAAGAAGACUGGGAGAUUUUGUGGGGGUCUCAUACUUGACAUUAAAAGAAAAGCGCCUUUCUUCAUCAGUGACUUCACCGAUGCAUUUCACAUUCAGGCCUUGUCGGCCAUUUUGUUUAUUUACCUGGGAACUGUGACAAAUGCCAUCACCUUUGGAGGUUUGCUAGGAGAUGCAACAGAAAACAUGCAGGGUGUGUUGGAGAGUUUUCUGGGUACGGCGAUUGCAGGUGGGGUUUUUUGUCUGCUGGCUGGCCAGCCUCUCACCAUCCUCAGCAGCACUGGUCCUGUUCUUGUGUUUGAAAGGCUGCUCUUUAAUUUCAGCAGAGAUAAUGAUUUUGACUACUUGGAGUUCCGGUUAUGGAUAGGUCUGUGGUCAGCGUUCUUCUGCCUGGUGCUCGUGGCCACUGAUGCCAGCUUCCUGGUUCAGUAUUUCACACGAUUCACUGAGGAGGGUUUCUCCUGUCUAAUCAGCUUCAUCUUCAUCUAUGAUGCCUUCAAGAAGAUGCUUAAACUAGCUCACCAUUAUCCCAUCAAUUCCGAGUAUAGGAUGGAGUAUGUCACACAGUACGACUGCCUCUGUAUGGCCCCCACUGUCCUCGAGAACAGUUCAGAAAUCAUUGGUGAUCCUUUAGAAGGUACUUCAGUCUGGUACUGGAACAACACUGAUCUGCCGAUGAACGCUACAUGGUCGUCCCUCACAAAGACAGAGUGCUUAAAGUACAAAGGAGAGUUGGUGGGGAAGUCCUGUGACUUUGUCCCAGACAUCACCCUCAUGUCCUUCAUCCUGUUCUUUGGCACUUACACCUGCUCCAUGUGUCUGAAGAAGUUCAAGACCAGUCCAUUCUUCCCUACCACCGUGAGGAAACUCAUCAGUGACUUUGCUAUCAUCCUGGCCAUCCUCAUCUUCUGUGGAGUUGAUGUCCUUGUAGGAGUUGAUACUCCUAAACUCACUGUGCCAACUGAAUUUAAGCCAACAAGUCCUGAAAGGGGCUGGUUUGUGCCCCCGUUUGGUGGAAACCCCUGGUGGGUGUACAUUGCCUCAGCUCUUCCUGCCCUGCUGGUCACCAUCCUGGUCUUUAUGGACCAACAGAUAACUGCUGUGAUCGUCAACAGGAAGGAGCACAAGCUAAAGAAAGGGGCAGGGUACCAUCUCGAUCUGUUCUGGGUGGCUGUUCUAUUGGUGGUUUGCUCCUUCAUGGGACUGCCGUGGUACGUGGCUGCCACCGUUAUCUCCAUCGCUCACAUCGACAGUCUGAAGAUGGAGACUGAAACUUCGGCUCCUGGAGAACAGCCAAAGUUCCUGGGUGUGAGGGAGCAGAGGGUCACAGGUGUGGUUGUGUUCAUCCUGACAGGACUAUCUGUCUUUAUGUCUCCUAUUUUAAAGUUUAUCCCCAUGCCUGUGCUGUACGGAGUCUUCCUCUACAUGGGGGUUGCCUCUCUCAACGGAGUACAGUUCAUGGAUCGCAUCAAGCUGCUUAUGAUGCCGGCAAAGCAUCAACCUGACCUGAUUUACCUGCGGCACGUUCCCCUCAGAAAAGUUCACCUCUUCACCUUCAUCCAGGUCCUUUGCCUGGCUCUGCUCUGGAUCCUCAAGUCCACUGUGGCCGCUAUUGUCUUCCCUGUCAUGAUCCUUGCUCUGGUAGCCGUCAGGAAAGCAAUGGACUACAUGUUCUCUCAGCACGACCUCAGCUUCCUCGAUGAUGUUAUCCCAGAGAAGGACAAGAAGAAGAAGGAGGACGAGAAGAAGAAGAAGAAGAAACGAGGCAGCAUAGACAGUGACGCUGAAGAUGAGAGAAGUCCCCGUCAUUCCUUGAACGACACACAUCGUGCUGAGCAGCUUCGCUACUACCAGGCUAACUGCUUAUCCAGCCCUGAGAUGAGUCCGCUGAAGUCUGUGCCUCAGAUUAGAAUAGACAUGGAUCCAGACGAAGAUAAUUCAUUCUACUGGAGGAGCAGAGGAUCAGAAACGUCUCUAUAAAGUAUCCAACCACACCUGAGCAGGUGAAUCCUGCAGCACAUUUAAGAAGACUCUCAAUGAUUAAACUUUUUUAAUAUUCUUUCUAACUCCCCUCUGCGGUUGAAAGACUUUGGUCUGUGGACAGAAAAAAGGGAACAAACUAAAGACACAAGCUGUCUAACACAAACCUUUAGAAAGCUUUUUAUAAUAAUGAAGCUAUUUUAAACCGUCUCUUGUAUUUUCCUCACAGUCAGUCUUUAUGUUGCACUCGAACACUGUUAAAUAUAACUCUUUACUUCUAUGCAACUCAUCUCACGCUUCACUGAUAAUCAGUAAAUGCUGCAGCUCUUUCUGACCAUGCAUGGAAUACCCUCCCGGCUCUUUUUAUAUUAAUAUAUAUAAAUAUCAUUUAUCUGAUUUUUUUAUAUCAAUGGAAUGACUCUAAUAACAUUUUCCUGUAGCAGGAAAAUUAUGUUUUUUUUAUAGCUCUACCUCUUUGUUUUAGAAUAAAUGCUUAAUAUGAAAAAAGCAACAUGUUGAUUUUUGAUGCAGCAUGGGGUUUUUAUAUUUCUCUCUGUCAUCUAGUGAAGUUGAAAUAAUUCAAAAGAUUCACUGUAUUAUAGCUCCUAAAAGAAAUAUGUGCAAAUAGAUAUCUUAAGCUAAUUAACAGUGAAUUAACAAUGCAUAUUUGUAUGUGCAGACAAGGUAAAUAUUUUUAUGAUCACUUUUUUGAUGCAGUUUUGAUUGCUUCACCUUCUCUUUCUAAUUUUCUGAACUUUUCUUUCACGUCAAACUUUUGUUACUUGUCAAAAUUAAAUCAAACACAUCUUUAUCCUUUUCUUUUUUAUGUUGACAUCACGUGUGUAUGUCGGUACUUUUUUUUUUCUUGUGUCUUUCAUUUUGUUUCUUUGUGAGUAGAAAAAAACUAAAGCGAUACAUAAUCAUCUGAUAUUUUUCAGCCAAACUUUAACUCUAACUAGGAAUGCAUAUCAUAUGAUUGCUUGUGCUGCACAAACUCUUUUACCUAAGUGGCUUAUAAGAGAUUGAUCCAGACUGAAACUCUUUUAGUAAGGAUAGAAAAUGACAGCAGAAUCAAACCCAAGUAAAACUGCAGGAUGUCAGAUCGCUUCAGUCCACAGCAGAGAAGUUUCUUUCAUCUCAGCUGCUCAUGCAAUGACCCUAAUGUGAUAUUUACAUGCCAUUUUUUGUACUUUGAGUUUUUGGUCACUGAUGGCAUUCUUCCUCUUGAUACACAACCAGACACAAGCCUUGUUUGGAGCAGCAUAGCAGAUACUUACAAAAGACAAAGUCUGCAAUUCUUGUGUGCUAAAAUGCACACUAUAAUUCAUCUAGGCCUGCUUUUUCCUCAAAUAGGAGGGGAUAUCAUACUUUUAAUCUACUUCAUGUACUUUUUACACUCACUCUGUGUUCAGUUUUCAGUGAUCAUUAACGCUGUGUACGUGCAGUAUGGCAUGUGACUGUUAUGUUUUUAUAGGACUGUAAAUAUCAAAUCUUAACCUUAUAGAAGGAAAAACUUCACUGCUGUAUUUAGGACUUAAGGCAGAAAUAUGAGGCAGAUGUCUACAAUGGAACAUUCAAGGGGAAUCAGGCCUCGCAAAUAUGACAAAUAACUUCUAUCGGCCAGUAUUUCCUCCACAGUUGAAGCCAGUAUGGAUGUUUAUCAUUUCUGUUUGCCCACAUAUCUGUAGAGGCACAUUGAUGCACUUUGGCUCUUUUUUCUUAAGUGUAAAUGUGUCACAUAUUUCAUUUUAAGCUGGAAGUUUUGUCUGUUUUCAUCACCACUGUAGAGAUAAGUUUAAGAGCCGCCUUCAUACUCUGAAAAUCAUGUACAUAAAACAGUUUAAAUGCACGCCGGCUUGGACCAAAAUGCAACAACUUAUUUUGUAUCAUCACAAUGUUGUUUUUUUGUAAAAAAAAAAAAAAAAAGGUUCAGUUUGUUUCAGAUUAUCAGUGUUCGUAGCUAACAACAGAGAGUGUGACAGUGUCUGGGGAGAUGCUGGUUUUAAGUGUCAUGCUGUGACAGCGUGGUGGACAAAAAUCUACAACAUUACAUGAACAAGUUGUUAAUUUAGAGUCCAGAGUACUGAUUACAUCAUUAUACUUUUUUUUUGUUUUUCAUUAACUUUUUGUGACUUUUAG